AAUUUUUAGCUACAAGUUCAAGACAACAUUGUUAUUCUGCCAGCUGAUGAUGAAAAUCCGCCACCGCAUCCAUUUAUCAUUCAUGAGACGCAAUUUGUUCAAGUGUGGCACAAGAAGGAUGACGAAUUUCUCCUCCCAAAAUCAAACCUGAUCAUGGAAAUGACUAGUACAUUAGAGAAUUUGGACCCACUCAUGUCGAACUAUACAAAAAUCUACGUGGAACUUGUUAAUGACGCCCUGGCCGAGUACUUGUACGACGCCAACCUUGCGUGUCUCAAGUUUGAUAUCGAGACUUCCAAAUAUGGCUUGGUGGUUAGAAUGGGAGGUUUGGAUGACAAGCAACAUGUUUUGCUUGAUAAAGUGCUUCAAACGAUGCUUGAAUUGGAUUUUGACGCUGAACACUUCGAGAUAAUCAAGAAAAAGCAUGUGUUGAGUUUAAUGCAAUUUUUCAAGGUGGAACCAUCCGAGCUCGCCAUUCACUGUGAAUCAGUGUGUUUACUGGAGAAAGAAUGGCUUAUAACUGAACAGCUGAUAUCUACGGAAAAUUUGUCCAUCGGAGACUUGAAGAUUUUCAUGCGGAAGUUCUUCUCCGUGAUGCACAUUAAGUGCCUGAUCCACGGCAACGCAAACAAAGCAGCAGCCCAGAAACUGAUCGAAGUGAUUGAAAGAAACCUGCCAGAAAAUAUGCUGCCGUCGCAUUUGCUGCGUCCCCGUGAUAUGAUGCUGAAUGAUGGGUGCAGCUAUGUUUACCCAGUGACGUAUGACGCGCACAAAACUUCUUGCGGCGUCAUUCACCUGCAGUGCCCGCCGCAAUGCAUAGAGGACAACGUGCUGCUUGAGUUGUUCGUCGAACUCUUCAAAUACAAAAACGUGACGCUGGUUCGCAACUUGACGGGCCAAGGCGUGAGAUUCAUGAUGCAUUCGUUAAAUCAUCCAAUCUACAUGGAGCGCAAGCUCGAGCAUGUCAUUUUCAGCAUAAAAUCAAUUCUUGAGGAAAUGAGUGACAAAGAGUUUGAGCGGUGCAAAAAAGACCUGGCUGGGCGGCGGUUAGAAAAUUGCAAGAAGAUGAUAGAUCAGACUAACAAGUACUGGACCGAAAUCUCCUCCCAACGGCAAUGCUUUGACCGGGACAGAUUGGAGACCGACUAUCUCAAGACCAUCUCCAAGACAAAUGUAAUGAAUUUCUACAAUGAUUACAUUUACGCCGAGGGGGCUAAAAGGCGGAAGCUGGCGAUCCACUUGACGUCGACCGCGGAGGGAGGCGCCGGAUCUGAUAGCGCUAAGCUUGAAGAAAUUGAGCCGUUGUCGAUCUUCACAGAUGAGCCAAAGCAGGUCGAGAAUGUCCAGAGCUUCAAGAGUGGCCUCGCGACUUAUUACCCACAGCCAAUCCCUUAUCAAGAUCGGCCAGGAGUAGACUCCAAUAGGCAAAUUUAUCUAGCGCAAAAAAAACCAUUUUUAGAUAUAGAAACGAUUUUAUCGUAGAUCUCAGCUGGGUAAUUUUACUCUACAUACACCAGCAAAGAAAAUGCGCCAGAAGUACAGUCGCUUGGCAGAUUUUCAUGAAAGAAAAUUUUAUUUUGAAAGGAUAAUUCAGUUUUUAGUUUUUAAGUAUCACACGCCAUUAACAUUAAAAUCUUUGACUGAAAAAUAACUUUGUUUUAAAACACGCCACUUACUAUAAUUAUUGUUACUUUUUAAAGUAAGUCUACCUUAUUGAUCCACAUCGUCACUUGAUUCAUACUUGACUGCUUCAUCCAAUUGCCUAUGUGCGUGCAAUUUGUAAAUUUGGAUUUCAAAUGUAUCAAGAAUUGAUAGAAAUAAAAGAUAUGGAAAUUUUCAAAUAGCAUGUUUAUUGCAUUUAUUAAAAAGAAUAAAUGACACACGUUUAA